CUCUUGUUCCGUUGCUGAACAUUUACUCAAAGAGCACUGUGCGAUCUGAAGCCGAUCUCAUUUCAAAUUAUUCCCACUUCCUGAAGCACAACUGCAGCAGCUCCUUAACCACCUGAUUUCCUUUUAUCCUUUAACCCGCCACAUAGCAGCUAAGGCUCUUCCGACAAUUAGUAGCGGCGCAGUUCCACGCCCAUCUUGGAAGUGCAAACCCGAGCCGAUCCGGGAGCUUGUGUCAGAGUUAACAAAUCAGCGUGCAUUAACCCAGAACAAUAGAAGGACGUUUCAUUUGACAGUUGGCUUCCAAAAUUUUUCCCUACGUUUUAACUAAGGCCAUGACGGAGACUGAUAGAGAUGCCCCUCAACUCACAGCAGCAGUGUAAUAGUCAGUCUCCUCCCAUCAGCUGCACCUCCAAUUGCACAGUCCAAUCAUCCACUGACUCCAACGAUAUUGAAGAGUGCAUCAGUAACUUUGAAGCAAGCCGUAUGGCGAUGGGAGGUAAGUUCGAGUGGACUCCUGAAAUGGAUGAGCACUUCAUUGAUGCGUACAUCGCCUUCAAGCUGUCAAAAAAAUGGGACAAGCGUAAAUCACUUGAAUGGAAUUAUGGUCAGAUAGCCGAGCAUUUGCGUGAAAACCAUGGAGAUGAAGUCAGUGCUGCGCAGUGCCAAUCUAGAUUCUACCGGUUCAAGAAGAAAUGGCAACUUUUUUGCCAGCUUCGGGGGCUCAGCAACAAGGCUGCAACUGGCAUCGGAUGGGAAGAGGACACCCAGCAUUUCACUGCUGACAAGGACCAUUGGGCCGAUCUCAUUUCGUCCAACAGCGAGUAUGAGGACUUUUCUAAGCCAUUUAGUUGCGGCUUAUACGAGCGAUUCACUCCUAUCAUGAUUGGGGAAACGGCUACAGGGACACGAGCACAGUCUGCUAGCCAGCCAGAAAUUUCCCUUGAGCAACUCGGAAACGAGCAAACCACCUCUAGAAGGAGUCGGAAAGGCAAGGCGAAAGCCUCAGUGUCGUCGCAACCGCCUUCGGCCACCUCCCCUUGGGAAGGGGAGGACGUGUACUACGUGCCCCCUAUUCCGGGAGGCAGUAGUGGGAAGCGACCAGCAAGCAGUUUGGGUAACUCCGGCGAGCGAGAGGGUUCCAGAGGCACAAAAUCUACCCGAUCAUCUGCGGACAGACUUGAAGACGCCUUAAGCAAGAUCGGCAACUUCACAGACGUGGCGAGAACUGAUCGAAAGGAUCGUAUAGACAGAGAAGAGACGUACAAAGUCGAAAAUUGUCAAGACAUCGUCUCAGCCAUGGAUAUCCCCGUUGAUUGGAAGAUAGAAAUAGACUCGUAUCUGGCCGAAGAUGAAAAUUUAGGCCAACGGAUUAUCUUCAUGCGCUAUGACGCUGCUGGAAGAUAUGCAUAUGUCGCAAGGCAUAUGAGGAAGAAAGGUGAAGCAUAAUUUGAAAUAGUCUAUUCCACCACAACAGAAGAGUUGCCGUCUCAAAUCCGUUUCUGCUAUCUCACACCGGCAAAGGUUGUGUUAUAGGGGGAUAAAUAUAUCCCAGAUCUUAGUUGGCUGUGGUUUGAAUAAGAGUUUGGAGUGAUGCGUGUGGAGUUGCUCCCUUUUUUCCAGUUUGGUGGAGUCCAUUUUUUUUUCCAGCCUUCGGGACUUGCCUGUACCCGCUAAGAACUAUAAGCUUGAGUUAUUUUCCUGUUUACAAAUACAUUUGUUGCACUGUAUGUGUAAAAUGAGUUUGCUCGAAAUUAGUUUUUU